GGCCCCAGUCCCCAGCCCAACCUCUCUUAAGUCUUGUCCCUUUUCCAUCUUUUUUUCCUUUUUUUUUUCUUUUUGAUGUUGAAACGACCAAGGCUGCUAGUAUAUAUUAACAUGCUAGGGUUAGGUUUAUAUUCAGAAGACUAAGCUUUAUUUUCAAGCUCUCCUUUUCAAAGUAAAGAAUCCCGUAGAAGAACUCAAUCUAAAAUCAGUCUCCUUAUCUAUAUAAGUCAAAGUUCAAAUAGGGUUUUUUCAGAAUGAUGAAAAAAAGGCAAGUGGUUGUGAGAACAGACGGAUCGAGAAGGAACAUCGGAGGUUCCUCGACUAGGAACAUACGCUACGUUGAGUGCCAAAGGAACCACGCGGCGAAUAUCGGAGGCUACGCCGUAGACGGUUGCCGUGAAUUCAUGGCGAGUGGAGAGGAUGGGACGACCGCCGCCCUUACAUGCGCUGCUUGCGGCUGCCACCGGAAUUUCCACAGGAGAGAAGUCGAUGGCGGCGAAGUUGUUUCUGAGUGUUGAUUUAUUAUGAUGAUCAUGUUUCGUCCAAGAUUUAUGAAAAAGGAAAGGUGAGUUAAUUUUUUAUGUAUCAGAUCAGUCUAUUAUAGUAGUAGUUUAUUAUUUGUGGUUUGAGCUUGAAUAUUUGUGUAUAAUUGUUGUACAAAAUUGAUGAAUUCCAGCUGAAAGAAUCUUUCUUGUAACUCAAACAAG